GAGGCUGAAGCCAUACAUUAAAAUAAUAACGCAGACCUGGUCUGGUCUUCGUCAAACACAAAAUGACACCAUCAUGGCCAAACCCUCCCCCCCCCCAGCUCUACAAGCAGCCACCAAGAUCCUAGCCGCAAGAAAUCUGCAUCAAUGCCUCUGGCUCUCACACUUAGAAACACACGAAAGGCUGCGAGUGACAUUCUCCACAACAAGCAACUUCCAAGACCAAAAACUCCCAGUCGCUCUAUUCUGCGGUCCAAUGUUCGGAACGCGCUAUCUCGUGCUUCAAUUCGACAAACUUGCAAACGAGAGCGGCGUACGAAUGCUAUGCGUCGACCGGCCGGGUUUUGGAGGGAGUACGCAGGUAGCAUUAGAGAGAAGAAUGGAAAUUUGGCUUGAGAUGGUGCCUGCGCUACUUCAGCGCACGUUUCGGUAGAACAUGUGUCUCUUGUGUCGCAUUCUGCGGGGACGAUCUAUCUGCUGAACACGAUCUAUCAUCACCGGGAAGUUCUGGAUCCAAAAGCUCCGUAUGCGGCUAUGCUUGGGCCCUGGGUUAGUCAAAGAUGUUCGAAUGUUACGAUGUUGAGUGCUGUUGCAAAGCUUCCGAAUAGUGUGCUAUCGGCUUGGAGUCCUCUUGUGAACUUCGUCAAUAAUACCAUCAGUCCCAUGACAUCUUGGUCCGGAGGAGCACUGUCUUCUGUCUCUGGCGGUUUCCAGCCUGACGCCGAUAGAGUUCUGGGCGAAGCGUCCGCUGAAGAGAAAUAUGGUGUUAAUGCAGCCACUGCAAAAGAGCUGGAACGACUGGUGAGCAGAUGGUCUUCGGAGGAACAGGCGAUGGUUGGCGGUAAUGACGAGGCCCGACUCUUGCUUGGCAAAGGUCCGAUUGGAGUCUGUGAGGACUAUAUGGAGUAUGUAAAACUGCUGGUGGCUGG